CUCCCCUCAGCAUUGAACGAUCCAAACAGCCAUCAAGAAAUGAGAGAUUUCAACGAAAUCAAGUCCAGGAAUUAAACUGGUGAGGAAACUGCCAGAAUAUCGGAUUUUACAAUUUGGACUACAGAAAGGAUAUGCUUUAUUUCCAACCAGGGCUUUAAACUGAAUUUGAAAUUCCCAUCGUAACCGGUAUUUUUGAAUUUUCAACGGGAUCUCAACGUGUGAUGGCAGCAGCCCAGUGAAUUAGCCGUUCCAUUCCCCUGGCGUUGGAUUUCUUGGGAGCACGUUGAUUGAUUUGUCUGUGUAUAUUUGCACAUUGGGGGGGCGGUGGGCAUCAAAGUGGUUUUACCUUUACUAUCAGGAUCUAUGGAGUGUACGUAAACAUUCGCUGGAUUGGGUUUGUCAAGAGGAGCAAACAAUGUGGGUUACUGGGAAGGGGAUACGGAGAAGACCCUAAAGCUGCUGUAAGCCUUCUCCCACUGCCUCCAGUGGUCUGAGAAGGUCAGACUUAACUGUGGCGCGCCUGGGCCGCUGGCACUAAGAUGUCCCUAAGCAGUGGCACUGCAGGCGGGAAAGGUGUGGACUCUAAUGCAGUGGACACUUAUGACAGCGGCGACGAAUGGGAUAUAGGUGUUGGCAAUCUGAUCAUUGACCUUGACGCAGACCUAGAAAAGGACAAACUUGAGAUGUCUGGUACUAAAGACGGUGGGGGCAUGGCUGCCCCUCCCAGCGCUGUAGCAGCUCUACCGGACAACAUUACAUUUGUUAGCCCCGUACCCGCUGCUCAAGGCAAAGAGAGUAAACCCAAAUCAAAGCGUAGUAAGAGCUCAAAGGACAGUGGCAAGGCCUUGGCCUCAGACGGGGCCAAGAAAGAGGCCCAGGUGCGAACCCAGGGUGAGGUCACAGGAUCCGCCAUUGGUACAGGUCCCACGGCAAACACCAACUCUGGAAAGGGUGCCGAGAAGAGCAGCAAAGCCUCCCGGAAUGUUCCUGGUGGAAAGAAAGACAAAGAGGGUGGUUCUGGGAAAACUAAGAAGGAGAGAAGUGAAUUUGUGGCUACUACUGAGAAGGAUGUAGGUGCCCUAGUUUUGCCUUUGGCAUGUCGUGGCAUUCCAUUUGAGGGUACGCAAAAUACAGACUUGGCUGUGACUGAGCAACUUGGGAAUAUCGCCCUGGAUUCCACACGGAUUGUUGUACCACCGUUAGCCAUUAGAAGUGAGCCAGAGGAGAUGGACAACGGCGAAUGCAGAAACCUGAAGAAAAUGACAAGUGAAAAGAUGGAGUCUCCGGUCUCCACGCCCGCCACUCCACCCCUCCAUGUCAUGGCGCCGGUGGGCAACAGCAAUGACAGCAUCGCCUCACCCUGUGAGCAGAUCAUGGUGCGCACACGCUCAGUGGCGUCCAACACCACAGACAUGGCCUUGGCCACGGAGCCCGAGUGCCUGGGGCCCUGCGAGCCCGGGACCAGCGUCAACCUGGAAGGCAUCGUCUGGCAGGAGACCGAGGACGAGAACAUCCCUGGUCAUCCCUACUGCCUCCGAUCUGACGGACUGGACUCACUAAUCAAGAGAACAUCCCUGGUCAUCCCUACUGCCUCCGAUCUGACGGACUGGACUCACUAAUCAAGAGAACAUCCCUGGUCAUCCCUACUGCCUCUGAUCUGACGGACUCACUAAACAGAGAACAUCCCUGGUCAUCCCUACUGCCUCCGAUCUGACGGACUCACUAAACAGAGAACAUCCCUGGUCAUCCCUACUGCCUCCGAUCUGACGGACUGGACUCACUAAUCAAGAGAACAUCCCUGGUCAUCCCUACUGCCUCUGAUCUGACGGACUCACUAAACAGAGAACAUCCCUGGUCAUCCCUACUGCCUCCGAUCUGA